AUGGACGGUGCUAACUCUGAAGGUGCACUCCAUGAUGAGAAAGGUACACCACAGCCUAUAGCCAUCAUUGGGUAUGCCUGUCGACUGCCGGGGCAGGUAAAUUCUCCCAGUGACCUAUGGGAGCUAUGCACCCGAGCUCGCAGUGGCUGGUCACUCAUACCCAAAGAUCGCUUCUCUGUCAGAGCACUCCAACACCCUAAUCCGUCCAAGGUUGGCUGCUUCAAUCCUCAGGGGGGCUACUUCCUCGACGAGGAUAUUGCACGCUUUGACGCUCCCUUCUUCAACAUUACUGUCCAAGAAGCCACGUCAAUGGAUCCCCAACAACGCUUGCUGCUGGAGUGUACUUACGAAGCUUUGGAGAGUGCUGGAAUCCCCAAAGAAAAUCUUGCCCGUCGGAACGUGGGGGUUUUUGUCGGUGGCAAUUUCUCUGAUUAUGAGCUCCAUAACGUCCGUGAUAUCGAGACUAUCCCCAUGUAUCAAGCCACCGCAUGUGCAGCCUCACUACAAUCCAACCGUAUCUCAUACUUUUUCGAUCUACGAGGGCCCAGUAUCACAGUGGAUACAGCUUGCUCUUCUUCACUCGUUGCACUCCAUUAUGCAGUACAGAGCUUACGAAAUGGGGAGUCCACGGAAGCCCUGAUCGCUGGUUGUCAUCUUAACCUUGUACCAGAUAUUUGGGUUUCUAUGUCUAUGUCACAACUGUUCAAUGAUGAGGGUAAAAUAUUCUCUUUCGACGAGAGAGCCAGAUCUGGUUUCGCGCGAGGCGAGGGCUGUGGUGUCGUUGUUUUGAAACCUCUCGAAGUCGCAUUACGAGACAAAGAUCCCGUCCGAGCUGUUAUUGUUCAUUCAGGAGUCAAUCAAGAUGGGCGAACAAAGGGAAUUACAUUACCAAAUGGUCAAGCCCAGGAGGAGCUAAUCCGACGGGUCUACAAAGAGGCCAACCUCAACCCGGACGAAUGCGGAUUUGUAGAAAUGCAUGGCACUGGAACAAAGGCCGGUGAUCCCGUCGAAGCUGCAGCGGUCCAUGCGGCACUUGGAAAGAAUCGUACUGCCAGAAACCCACUUUACAUUGGAUCCGUCAAGUCCAACAUUGGGCAUUUGGAGGGUGCCAGUGGUAUAAUUUCCGUCAUAAAAGCAGCCAUGAUGCUUGAUAGAGAGUUGAUGCUUCCGAACGCAGAGUUCAAGAAAGCGAACCCUAAUAUUCCGAUGAGCGAGUGGAAUAUGAAAGUUUUAACGACGACGCGACCCUGGCCUUCUCGCAAGAAAUACCUCAGCGUGUCAAACUACGGCUUUGGAGGAACUAAUGCACAUGUCGUUCUCGAAAAGGCGCCACUAGCAUCAAAAGCCCCAGAUGAGGCUAUUGAAGAUGUUGGAGCGGACCCUAAGCGCAAACUGUUCUUGAUAUCCGCCAACGACAAGGAGUCUUUGCGCACUCGGAUUAAAGACUUCGGUAUUUACUUUGAACAACAUCCCGAAGUUUUUGAAAAGGUCUUGUUCGGCAACUUUGCUUAUACUCUAGGCAACAAAAUGUCCCAACUCUCGUACCGUGUUGGCGUAUCAGCUACCUCUCUAGACGACCUUGGAAUCCGUCUUGCUCAACUGAAGAUCAAUCCGUCCCGGGUUCUAGGCGCCCCAAUAGUUUCGUUUGUCUUCACUGGCCAAGGAGCUCAAUGGGCGCAGAUGGGUGUCCCUCUGAUGCAUGAGUACCCUGUAUACGAGCUGACUAUCAAUCGAGCCGAUCAAUACCUACGAGAGCUCGGCGCUGAUUUUUCCCUUAUAGAAGAGUUAGAAAAGGACCACAACACUUCAGAGAUUGACUCCCCUCACCUAAGUCAACCGGCCUGCACAGCGCUUCAGAUUGCACUCGUCAAUCUCCUACAAUCCUGGGGGAUUCGUCCAGCUUCAGUGAUUGGCCACAGCUCUGGAGAAAUUAGUGCAGCCUACGCUGCAGGAAUUUAUGACCUGAAGGGAGCUAUGGCUCUGGGUUACUGGCGUGGAAAAAUGACAUCCUUACUGAAGUCCUCGUUCCCGUCCCUCAAGGGCACCAUGAUUGCCGUCGGCGCCAGUCGCGAGGCUAUUCAGCCUAUGUUGAAACAACUUUCCGGAUACGCCACCGUCGCUUGCGUGAACAGUCCUUCGAGCGUGACGGUGUCGGGAGAAGUGUGCGCAAUCGAUGAACUCGAAAAGAUUCUUCAAGACAAGCAGCUUUUCAACCGAAGAUUGAAAAUUGACGUCGCCUACCAUUCCGACCAUAUGAAGAAGGUUGCCGAGGCUUACCUGGCUGCAAUUGAGAAUAUUCAGCACUUCCCAUCAGCAAUGGUCUCUUUCUUUUCUUCUGUCUUUGGGCGUCUGGUAGAGCCUGCCGAGCUUUGUCCAGAAUAUUGGACUGCUAACUUGACAUCACCGGUGCUGUUCUCUGACGCUCUCAGCAAGAUUGUAUCGGAAGAUGAAACACGGCCAAACCUUUUUGUGGAAAUCGGUCCACACUCUACAAUGAAGGGGCCCAUCAUGGAUACUCUAAGGAGCUUGGGUCCCACCGUCUCUAAGAUUGGAUAUACACCAACUAUUGUUCGUAAAGUGGACGCAGCUGAGUCGGUCUUGGAUACCGCUGCUGCUGCCUACGUGCGUGGCGCUACACUCAAUAUGACAGGAGUGAAUUUCCCCAAGACUGGUGCAGCAAACCGUUGGUUCUUGACUAACCUGCCUCGCUAUCCAUGGCAACAUGGAACUCGAUACUGGCACGUUGCCCGUAUCUCGCAGAAGCAUGCGACUAGAGAUCGUGCCAGGAACGAUGUAUUGGGGGUAUUGGCAAAUUACUCAAAUGAUCUGGAGCCAACGUGGCGUAACAUAGUUCGCUUAGACGAGAUACCAUACCUCCGAGACCAUAAGAUGCAGGGGAUGGCUGUUUACCCACUGGCGGGCUAUUUAGUUAUGGCCAUUGAGGCCGCUCGGCGACGCGCGAAGCAAGCUGAUAUUCAAAUUUCUUUAUUUGAGUUGAGGGAAGUCAUUGUGGGUUCGGCGCUCGUACUGAGCGACGACACUGAUGCAGAGACCACAAUUACCCUACGUCCUUAUGCCGAAGGCACCCGGGGAUCAUCCGAUCUGUGGGAUGAGUUCCGUGUCUGCUCCUGGACUCCAAAGCGAGGAUGGACAGAGCAUUGCACUGGUCAGGUGCGGGUUCGCUCAGAUCCAAAACAGCAGGCGGCUGCGAUCUCGAGCCCGUUCGAGACUCAAACCACUCACACGAAAGCCCAGAUUGCCCGAAUCCAGGAAUCGGCUACUAAUUACCUCGACAUGUCCCACAUGUACCAGGUUCUUAGUGAUCUAGGAGCCGGAUAUGGUCCCAUCUUUCAGGACAUUGAUAACUGUUAUUCCAGCCCUAACCACUCGUUCGGUGAUCUUCACGUGAGAGAUACACGCAGUGUCAUGCCGAAGCAAUUUGAGCCUCCCUUGACUGUCCACCCAUCAUUCCUUGACGGACUUCUACAUUUUGCCUGGCCCCUACUUGGACAAGGCUUGGGUCGAAUGGACCUGGACACACUUUACAUGCCGACAAUGAUCAAGCGCGUGACAGUCGGUCUCAAUGUCCCAACGACUGCUGGUGAGCAUGUUAAAGGUUACUGCAGUGGAAGUCCCAGCUUGCCCUUCCCUGAACCGACGAAAUUUGACCUUUUUGCUAUCCGAGAGGGCGACGUAGAGCCUAUCGUCACAAUAGAAGGUCUAGUAAUGACUCCCCUCAGAAAUCCAAACACCCACGGCGAAGACACUCGCAAACUGUGCUACAAGAUCAAUUGGCAUCCUUUGACUGAGGUUGAAAAUACCGUCGAAGCAGAUGUUCAAGAUCACAAAGACCCUGUGAAGUCUCAUGACAAUACUUACACUCACGGGGACGCAAACAUGAGUGAAAUUACAGAGCAGAAGAACGAUUUGCAUGCAAAUGGGAAUCAGGUCGUACACAAACACGAUCUUGUCAUCUCCUACCUUGGAAAGCCCGAUGAUGGUAUUGCUGAUAAACUUAGCAUCGCACUGUGCAAUAUAUCAGGGUGGCAGGUUUCUGUCCAAGCCUUUGGUGAGAUGGACUUCACUCAAAAGCAUCUUGUUCUACUUCAAUUUGGACCUAGCUCCCUACGACAUCUCACCGAGGACGUAUUUGAGGAGCUCAAGAAGGCGCUACUAAAUGCUCGAACUGUGCUCUGGGUCUACCGAACUGAUUCUCCCGAUGCUCAAAUGGCAGUCGGAUUGGCUCGUACCCUGCGCUCAGAGACUAUGGCUAGGAUAGCUACCCUUGGGUUGGCUCCUGAAGACACCGAAUAUCCCGAGAAGCCUAUUCAAGCAGCCAUGAGGGCUAUAUGGCCCACCGAUGGGACCAAGCCCUCAAAGGAUCUCGAGUUCAAAGCUAAAGGCUCGGAGCUCUUUGUCCAACGCGUCGUGGAGGAUGAUACUGCUAAUUGUUUCGUCCAUAAUGAAACCCACGAUAUGACAAUCUCAACCCAACCAUUCAGUCAGCCCGGGCGACGCUUCAAGAUCCAGAUUGGCAAUCCAGGUGCCCUUGACUCUCUCUACUUCGUAGACGACAAUCCCCAGCCACUAGGCGAGGACCAGAUCGAGCUUCAAGUGAGAGCAAGUGGUCUCAACUUCAAAGAUAUUGUUGUAUCCAUGGGCCAGCUUGCACAAUCAUACAUCGGAAUCGAAUGCAGUGGUAUUGUCUCCAGUGUAGGAUCCAACGUGAAGAAUUUCAAGGUUGGUCAAAGAGUCAUGGCCAUGCCAGAGGGUUGUUUCUCGACCUAUGCGCGAUGCUCUGUGACCAGCGCUGCGGAAAUCCCAGCCGACAUGUCAUUUGAGGUUGCAGCCACAGUGCCAGUUGUAUUUUGUACUGCAUACUACGCACUAUUUGACCUAGGUCAACUGCAAGCCGGCGAGCGGGUUCUCAUCCACGCCGGUGCUGGUGGUGUCGGUCAAGCUGCCAUAAUGCUAGCCCAGAUGACUGGCGCAGACAUCUUUGUUACAGUCGGAAGCCUCGAAAAGAAACAAUUCUUAAUAAACCAGUACGGUAUUCCUGAAGACCGUAUCUUCUAUAGUCGUGAUGCAUCUUUUGCCCGCAGCGUGCGCAGAGCCACCGGUGGUGUUGGUGUAGACGUUAUCGUCAACUCCCUAGCAGGCGAUCUUUUGCGCGAGACUUGGGAGUGCCUUGCACCAUUCGGACGAUUUGUCGAGAUUGGCAAGGCUGAUAUUACGAAAAAUACGCGGCUUGAAAUGCAGCCUUUUGAGCAGAACGUCACAUUCUCGUCGGUUGAUCUCACCAAGGUUGGCAAGAUCAAGCCGCAGUUGAUGAAGCGACUCCUGGGCGAUGUCUGUCGGUUGAUUCGCGAGGGAUCAGUGCAACCUAUCCUACCACUUUCGAUAUAUCGAAUUUCUGAAAUCGAAAAGGCGUUCCGUACUCUACAGAUUGGUAAGAGCAUGGGUAAAAUUGUGGUAGUUCCUCACGAAGGCGAUCAAGUCAAGGCCGUGGCUCCCAAGACCAGCACCAAGCUCUUAAGACCUGAUGCAUCUUACAUCUUGGUCGGUGGUACUGGUGGCUUAGGCCGAAGCAUAGCCAAGUGGAUGUCUUCGAAGGGCGCAAAGAACAUUGUUCUUGUAUCUCGUCGAGCUACAAUUGAUAAUAAGGUCCAAGCUUUGAUUGAUACCUUGACUCCCUCGGGUAUGAGGAUUGUCGUCAAGGCUUGCGAUGUCAGCAGCCAGGAGUCAGUUGAGGCGCUGGUUAGGGAUGAGAUGAGAGACCUCCCGCCUAUACGUGGUGUUAUUCACGGCUCAAUGGUGCUUCGCGACAUGCUCUUCGAAAACAUGUCGCUUGAAGACUUCACGGCUGUGGCGUGCAAUAAGGUAGAAGGGGCUUGGAACUUGCAUAAUGCACUGAUCCAUUCCCCACUGGAUUUCUUCAUUGCCCUUUCAUCGGUGGCCGGAAUUAUCGGCAAUCGCGGUCAAGCAGCCUACUCCGCGGCAAAUGCAUUCCUGGAUGGAUUUAUAGCAUAUCGCAAAUCCCUUGGUCUUCCAGGGACAUCAAUUGACCUAGCUGCCGUCAGCGACGUCGGUUAUCUAGCAGAUACCGACGCCCAGCGGCGCCAGGAGGUAAUGAAAAAUAUUGGCGGCCAGACCAUCGACGAGUCGGAGGUCCUAGCACUGAUAGCUGCCGCUCUGACCGGUGAUCUUGAUCAGUCCUGCUCUGGACAAUGCAUCACAGGACUGCGCUUGGAUUCACUCGAGAACAACUUCUGGGUCCAGGAUGCGAAGUUCAGCGUGCUAUAUGAGGCUGCCAAGAGGUCACUGGGAAAUAGCUCACAGCGGGACGGCCCGUCGGUGCCGCUGCAAGUCACUCUGUCGGCUGCGCCAUCUAAGGAGGAGGCUUUGAAAGUGUGUUACGAGGCGCUGGCCGCUAAGCUAGCACAGGUUCUCGUUCUCUCCGUGGAGGAUAUGGAUCCCUCGAUUACAGUUGCUUCGUUGGGUCUUGACUCGUUGGUUGCUAUUGAGAUUCGUAACUGGAUUGCCCGUGAGGCCAAUGCCAAUGUGCAGGUUCUGGAGUUGUUGUCCAGUGGCAGUUUGAUGGCUUUGGCUGAGAUUAUCCUCAAAAAGUCUCAGGCUUAUACGCGUACUGAGUAA